UUUACUCAAAUUUUGAUUAUUUAAUAAGUAUAUUUUAUUAGCUAAAUUUAUUAAAUAUUUCAUAAAAAUAUGUUUAAGAGGAAAUAACUCUUUUUUAUUUUCUAAAAUUGAUUUUGAUGACUUUAAGUAAAAGUGAUGAGAAAAGGCAAAAUUAAUUUUUUUUCUUAUUCUAUCUCCAAACUUGUCAUAUGGGAGGAGUGCCAACACAUAGCCAUACCCUUGUUGUCAUGUUAUUGUGAUGCCAAGUAAAUAUCUUAUUUCAAUUAGCUAAUUAAGCCAAGGAUAUGAAAAAGAAAAAAAUUAUUCAUCUCCUUUAGUUAGGUUUUUAGUCGAACUUCUGUUUGCUCAAAUUACACCAACAUGCAUUCUAUUUUUGCCCAGGGUUGAUUCAUAAAAGUUGAAGAUCUCUUCGCGCUACUCAAUUUAGGGUCAAAAAUCUCUCAAUUCGGGAUUGUAUCCUAAGAGUUAUGUCUUCUACUAACUCACUAUUGAUGCGACUUGUUUAUGUUGUUGCUGCUUCUGUUUCGUGCAAUUCCUACAUCAUGCGUUCAGAUUUCACCAAUAGUUUCUUCAUGAAAGUUAUAGAUUUUGAAAAUUUAACCAAUUUAGGCUCAAGAAUUACUAAAAUCAGAACUCUUGGCUAGGAGAUACGGUCUUCCGAAGCUGACAGUUGCUGCUGCCAACGUGUUGUUGUUGUUGCUACUCUUCCUUGUUACUUCUCACUUCCCCAACUUCUUAGUUUUGUUGUUGGCUUUUAAAGUGCAAGGUAAAUUGAUGACGAUUGAGAAAUGAGAUUCUUGGAGGUUAGGUGUGACGAUUGAAGGCUGUCGUUGAUAGAGCUAAGAACUCGGAAUAUUCAGCUGAUGAGGAUAUGGAGAAGACAGAUGUUAAAGAUCCAAAUUUAAAGCAAUCUCUGGAGUCUGCUACUUCUCAGAUUAGCAAGCUAGCUCUUUCUAACAGUGCUACUGGUAAAUCUUCACUGAAUUCUACUGUGGGAUCAGAUACGGCCAAUGCAGGUGUAGAUAUUGACAAAAAGAUCCGAGCUUUAAAAAAGAAGGUUUGUGAUGCUGUCACUGGGGCCAAGCAGUAUACAUUUGAGGGUCAUGAACCACCACUAUAUUCCGUAUGUCCACAUCACAAGGAAAGUAUUCAGCUCAAUUUCUCGACUGCAACGGAAGGAAAUAUAAAAGCAUGGUUGUAUGACAAUAUCGGUUCAAGAGUAGAUUAUGAUGUGUCGGGCCACUCAUCAACAAGGAUGGCUUAUAGCGCCGAUGGGCUAAGGAACACCCCAGGUACGAUGAUUAAUUACCAAAUUAUUGUUGGGCAUGAAUCAAAAGGUGGCAUUACUCCCACAACGGGUGACGAAUCACAAGGUUUAUACUCCGAGGACUGCGCCUUAUGCUAGUUAGGAAAUUGACGUGGUUCGUGAGCAAUGGGCGAAGUUUUUUACCAGCAAGUAUUUAUUAUUGACCCGAGCGCGCUUGAUCGAGUUGGUUUAGAUGUUAUAGAACAAUCUUUUAUGUUAAAAUGUAUGCGUACGUUAAAAUUGGAACGUACAUAUAUUUAUUUAAAUGUAUAUGGUACGUGCACUUUGGUUUUGAGAUAUAUACAAAACACAGUUAUUG